UAUCUAUUUUUAUGUAUAUAUAUUCUUCAAACUCUCCAACUCCACCACAAGCUUCCCAUUCAGGACGGGUCGGGACCCAUACAUAACUCGGUUUUCUCUUCUUCCCCGUGGAAGUUCCUUGAAAACUGGGCCAUACAAAAGAAAUCAUCUUCGAUCGGUUGUAAUCUUGGUGCUGGAUUAUUUUCGUUUGGAGUCGGUGGAUACUAGCUUUGGGUGUUUGGCUUCGGAUAAUAUGAGCUCUCAAGCUGGAAAUGAUCGAAGGGAUAGAACUAGAUUUCCUGCUCAAGGUGUUCGCCACCAGUGGGUCGUGAGGGGAUCCGUUGAAACCACCAUUGUGAACACAAACCUGAUCCAAAACCCAAACCCAAACCCAAACCCAAACCCAAACAUAGAGCCACUAUUGAGUUUAAAUCCCAAUCCCAGAAAUGGUGGGAACCUGAAUUAUGGUUCUGCACCACCAGAGAGUCGGCCUAGGGGGACUAAUGGUCCAAGGGGAUACAUGGGUCGGCCAGCGUAUCCAAGGAGGGACAGGAUGAGGGAGAAGGAGAAGGAGAAGGAGGGGGAGAGGGAGAGCCAGGGUGGAAAGGCAUUGAAAGACUCUAAGGUGCCUCAGCUUGUGCAAGAAAUUCAGGAGAAGCUCAUGAAGGGCACUGUUGAAUGCAUGAUUUGUUAUGACAUGGUGCGGAGGUCAGCACCGGUUUGGUCUUGCUCAAGCUGUUACUCUAUUUUUCAUCUGAAUUGUACCAAGAAAUGGGCUCGGGCUCCUACUUCUGUUGACUUAUCUGCUGAGAAAAGUCAGGGACUUAAUUGGCGAUGUCCUGGAUGUCAGUCUGUGCAGCUUACAUCGUCCAAGGAGGUUCGGUAUGUUUGCUUUUGUGGGAAGAGGACAGACCCACCUUCUGAUCUGUACUUGACUCCGCAUUCAUGUGGUGAACCAUGUGGUAAGCCACUUGAAAAGGAGAUCCCAAAAGCUGGUGAGAGUGGUGAGGAUCUUUGCCCUCAUGUCUGUGUUUUGCAAUGCCACCCAGGUCCUUGCCCGCCUUGUAAGGCAUUUGCCCCGUCACGUUUGUGCCCAUGUGGGAAGAAACAAAUUACGACACGGUGCUCUGAUCGAAAGUCUGUUCUUACUUGUGGUCAGCGCUGUGACAAGCUUCUUGAGUGUAGGCGUCACAGGUGUGAUCGGACUUGCCAUGUGGGACCUUGUGAUCCUUGUGAGGUUCUUAUCCAUGCAUCUUGUUUCUGCAAGAAGAAGGUGGAGGCUGUUCUUUGUGGAGACAUGGCUGUGAAGGGAGAAGUGAAAACUGAGGAUGGUGUUUUUUCUUGUAAUUCUACUUGUGGGAGGAAGCUUAUAUGUGGUAAUCAUGUCUGCUGUGAAAUUUGCCAUCCAGGGUCUUGUGGAGAGUGCGAGUUAAUGCCAAGCAGGGUUAAGACUUGCUAUUGUGGGAAAACAAGCUUGCAGGAGGAUCGGCAGAGCUGUUUGGACCCAAUUCCAACAUGUUCUAAAAAAUGUGGCAGGCCCCUUCCUUGUGGGAUGCACCAUUGUACGGAGGUGUGCCAUGCUGGGGAUUGUCCACCAUGUUUGCUUAAGGUCUCUCAAAAAUGUCGCUGUGGAUCAACCUCUCGAACUGUGGAAUGCUAUAAAACAACAUUGGAACAGAAAUUUACUUGUGAUAAACCUUGUGGACGGAAGAAGAAUUGUGGAAGGCACAGGUGCAGUGAACGAUGCUGUCCACUGUCUAAUUCAAGCAACCUCCUCCCUGGGGAGUGGGAUCCACACUUUUGCUCAAUGGCGUGUGGGAAGAAGCUUAGGUGCGGGCAGCAUGCUUGUGAAUCACUGUGUCACAGCGGCCAUUGCCCUCCUUGCCUUGAAACAAUUUUCACUGAGUUGAUGUGUGCAUGUGGAAGGACUUCAAUCCCUCCUCCAUUGCCUUGCGGUACUCCUCCUCCUUCAUGUCAGCUCCCUUGUUCAGUUCCUCAGCCUUGUGGCCACUCAUCUUCUCACAGCUGCCACUUUGGAGACUGCCCACCUUGUUCUGUGCCUAUAGCGAAGGAAUGCAUUGGCGGACAUGUUGUCCUUAGGAAUAUACCUUGUGGUUCAAAGGAGAUCAGAUGUAACAAGCUUUGUGGGAAGACCAGGCAGUGUGGUAUGCAUGCUUGUGGCAGGACUUGCCACCCAUCACCUUGUGAUACUUCAACUGGAUCUCCACCAGGUUUGAAAACUUCUUGUGGGCAGACAUGUGGUGCUCCUCGGAGAGAUUGUAGGCACACUUGUAAAGCACCUUGUCACCCUUCUGCUCCUUGUCCGGAUGUAAGAUGUGAUGUCCCUGUAACAAUUGCAUGUUCUUGUGGCCGGAUAACAGCAACUGUUCCUUGUGAUGCUGGAGGCAGCAACGGCAACUUUAGUGCUGAUACUGUGCAUGAGGCUUGCAUUAUCCAAAGGCUGCCGGUGCCACUUCAACCAGUGGAAGCAACUGGUAAGAAAAUUCCCCUUGGGCAGAGGAAGCUUAUGUGUGAUGAUGAAUGUGCUAAGUUAGAACGUAAACGGGUUCUGGCAGAUGCUUUUGAUAUUAGUCCAAACUUAGAGGCUCUUCAUUUUGGCGAGAAUUCUGUUGUAUCUGAAGUGCUUGCAGACCUCUACAGACGUGAUCCAAAGUGGGUAUUGGCUGUGGAGGAGAGAUGUAAGUUCUUGGUACUUGGCAAGAGCAAAGGAACUACAGGUGGUCUUAAGGUUCAUGUUUUCUGUCCAAUGCUGAAGGAUAAGAGAGAUGCAGUAAGGCUGAUUGCAGACAGAUGGAAGCUUGCCAUUCAUUCUGCUGGUUGGGAGCCCAAGCGUUUUGUUGUGGUUCAUGUUACACGCAAAUCGAAAGCCCCUCCUCGUGUGAUUGGUGUUAAGGGUUCCACUGCCUUGAAUGCACCCCAUCCUCCUGCUUUUGAUCCUUUGGUAGACAUGGAUCCAAGGCUGGUUGUUUCUUUUCCCGAUUUGCCAAGAGAUGCAGAUAUAAGUGCAUUGGUCUUGAGGUUUGGCGGGGAAUGCGAACUAGUUUGGCUGAAUGACAAUAAUGCAUUGGCUGUAUUUAGUGAUCCUGCCCGAGCAGCGACUGCUAUGAGGAGAUUGGAUCAUGGGACUGCAUAUCAUGGAGUUGUUGUGGUUCUACCUAAUGGUGGUGCAGCAGCAGCAUCUUCAGCUACAAAUGCCUGGGUAGGAGCAGGGAUGGCCAAGGAAGGGGGAGCAGUUGCAGCUCUGAAGGGUAACCCAUGGAAGAAGGCCGUUAUUCAUGAGCCUGGUUGGAAGGAAGAUUUUUGGGGUGAAGAAGAGUGGUCUAGUGGGUCUGCAGAUAUGCAGGCUUCUGCGUCGAAAAAAGAAGGUCCAAUUGCCGCUUCAGUAAAUCGGUGGAGUGUCCUAGAUUCUGAAAAGUCUUCGAGUUCAUCCACUGCACCUCACAGAAUUGGGGAUCCUGAGAAAGGGGCAAGUAGUCAAUCUGGUUUGGUAUUGGAAUCUGAUGCGAGUGGCCUGAGUUCAUCACGGCAGCAUCAAGAUAAUUUUAGUGCAACAGAAAUGUCUGAGGUGGUUGAUGACUGGGAGAAGGCUUAUGAUUGUUCCUUCAGACUACCAGCUGUCGGUGUCAUUUGGGCAUUCCCUCUAUGUUACCUAUUAGGUGUCAGUGCCGUUCCGACAAACAGCCUCUGGACCCUUCACUUUGUAGUUCCGGCACCUCUAUUAGGCAUUGGCUUCAUCGCCGGGCAGUCCCAUAUCUAUCUAUAUAGUUCAGUUUAUCAUUAUAUUGUCAAUCUUAUCACCAAUAUGGAUAGUUCACCGAGCCCUGGCACCUUCUCCAAUGACAAGAGGAUGGCAUGGAAGCGUAUACUUCUUUUCUCAUUUCAAAGCCUUGGAGUAAUUUAUGGUCAAAUAAGUACUGCUCCCCUGUAUGUCUUUGGGACAAUUUCUGCACAAGAUAUCAACUCAGAGGACGCUGUAUAUGAGCUCUUCUCGUUUAUUUUCUGGACAAUGACCAUCAUUUCUUUACUGAAGUAUUCCUAUAUAGUACUAAUGGCUGAUGAUGAUGGAGAGGGUGGUACUUUUGCUCUGUACUCACUAUUAUGCAGGCAUGCGAAAGUAGGUCUGCUUCCAAUUGACAGAAGUGCAAAUGAGACUAUGAAUUAUGAGGCAGGAAGCCAUUUUGAGGUCAAGGUGGAAUCAAGGGCAAGAAGGGCCAUUGCGAAACAUAAAAGUAGUCAAUAUUUGGUGUUGUUCUUGGCUCUUUUUGGUUCUUGCAUGACAAUUGGUGUUGGGGUGCUUACCCCGGCUCUUUCUGUGUUCUCAGCUUCAUCAGGUGUCCAAAGAUCAUUGUCGGAUAUGACACAUAAAUUUUUUUCUUCACAAAGAACACAGAAUUCUGUCUCAAGAGCUUUAGAAAGAUAUGUACCAGUUCCCUCUGCAUGUGCUAUAUUGGUAUGCCUUUUCAUGCUGCAGCACUAUGGGACACAUAAUAUCGCGUUUAUGUUUGCUCCAAUUAUCAGUAUUUGGCUGUUAUUUAUAAGUGCAGUGGGCAUAUAUAAUAUGUUUUAUUGGAACAAAAAAAUCAUCCUUGCGAUCUCCCCAGUAUACAUGUACAGAUUUGCGCAAAAUAUUGGUGUUAAAAGUUGGAGAUCUUUAGGCAGCAUCAUCCUAUGUGUAGCAGGAUCAGAGGCCAUGUUUGCAGAUCUAGGUCAUUUCUCCAAGAAAUCAAUCAAGAUUGCUUUUGUCUGCCUGAUUUAUCCAGUCCUCAUCGCAUGCUAUGCGGGUCAAGCUUCAUAUAUGUCCAAAAACUUGCAUGUUAUACAUUUUAAUCAUCUAAGUGAAUCUGUCCCUGGAGCUAUUCGCCAUUUAUUCGUUGCGUUAUCCCUACUUGCCUCAGUUGUAGGAAGCCAAGCAACCAUAACAGCCAGUUUCUCUGUUAUAAACCAGUGCCUGUCACUUAAUUGUUUUCCCAGGGUGAAAGUCAUUCAUACAUCAGAUAAGAUACGUGGACAGGUCUAUAUUCCUGACGUCAACUGGUUACUGAUGAUCCUCAGCCUUACAGUCACAAUUGUUUUCCACAACAUUGUGAAAAUUGGUAAUGCAACAGGAUUGGCGGUAGUUUCUGGAAUGCUUGUAACGACAUGUCUUAUGUCUCUUGUAAUUGCUCUGUACUGGGAGAAGAGUCUGCUUCUAUCCGCAUGCUUUUUGAUAUUCUUUGGCUUCAUCGAGAUCACAUAUCUGUCAGCCUGUAUGUUGAAUUUUCACCAAGGAGCUUGGUAUCUUGUUUUCCUUUUGGCAUUGUCCUUGACCAUCAUGCUUGCAUGGCAUUAUGGAACCAAGAAGAAGUACGAAUUUGAUUUAGAGAACAAGGUGUCAACAGAAUGGCUUACAGAACUUAGCUUAGGCCUUGGAGUUUGCAGGGUGCCUGGAAUUGGGUUCAUUUACACAGAUAUAGUAACUGGAAUCCCAUCCUUUUUCUCACACUUCAUUGCCAAUCUUCCUGCAUUUCAUCAGGUGCUGAUUUUUGUUUCCUUCAAGUCUCUACCAGUGCCUUAUGUCCCCCCGAGUCGAAGGUAUCUUAUAGGAAGAGUAGGACCUAAAGAUUACAAAAUAUAUCGUUGCAUUGUGAGACAUGGGUACCGUGAUCACAUUAAGGACACUGAUGACUUCGAGGAAGAGAUUAUUCGUUCCAUUGGAGAAUUCAUUGCCAUUGAAGAAAAUGAUCUUGAAUCCCUGAAUUCCCAGGAAGGCAGAAUGAUUGUUAUUGGAAAGCCACUGCCAGAUGGGAAUGCCUUGGUUCCACUAAAUGAUACCAACUCAUAUGAAGGUUCUGCAAACUUUGAAAACAAUGACUCUCAGACAAGUACAUUGGGUCCUUCAUUAGAGAGCAGCUGUGCUCCUGUAAACAGGAAAAAGGUCAGGUUCAUGUUGCCUCCGAAUAGUCCAAAAAUGCAGGUAUCUGUGAGGAAGGAGCUACAAGAGCUAAUUGAUGCAAGGGAAAGUGGUACUGCAUAUGUCCUGGGACAGUCACAUUUAGCAUUGCGUCAAGGCUCAAACUUUCUAAAGCGGUUCUUGAUCAAGACAUACAUUUUUUGUGACAAAAACUGCCGAGAACCUCCAGUGGCCCUGAACAUUCCUCAUGCUGCUCUUGUUGAGGUUGGUAUGGUCUACACAAUAUAAACUUGUACAUCAUUGUAAUGAAGUUUAUUACAGCAAAGGAAAUGAGGGAAAAAUUUGCUAAAGAAAGAAACAAAGUGAUAGAAGAAAAGAAAAAUAACAUAGUGGUUUGAGUUGUAAGUCCAAUAUAGUCUAGAUGAAGGAGUUCAAAAGGAAACAGAAAACAGUACACUAAAAGCAAAUAUUUUUGCUAAAAUUUGAUUAUAUUGAUGGUAACCAACCACAAAAUAACUAAAUCAA